CUUCCCUCGACUGUAACAGAAUCAGAACAUUUGGCCAUCACCUCGAAUCUGAGGUCAAUCGUUUCCUACUGUCAGAGUAUAGUAACCCGGAGUCCAAGAGUGUCAAACAAAAACCAUGGACACUCUCUCCGGCUCUGUAUGUCGCGCGUGCCGGCUGCGCCUGUUCAAUUCUCCCACAACCCAGGCCACCCGGACCUUCACGUCGACCUCGUCACGUCUGCACAUCCCCCCGGAAUCUCCAGCCUUCAUCGACGUCCCCGGACCUCAUCAGCCCGUCGGCGAACCGAAACCCGUGGUGAAGGGUAUCCUCCCUGUCCCACGCGAGCUCUUCCCGCGACGCCGUCCCGACAAGCCUGGCAAAGAGUACCUCGCCAACGUGACCCGCGACCCUUUACCCAAGAAUGUCCCACCGCCCGACCACCUCACGGAGAUGGGAAAAUACAAACAGCGGAUGGCGGAGCUCCGCAAGACCCAGCUCCGGCAAGGUCUCGAGGAACUGCACGCCCGGAAGGUCCACAUCGACGGCCAGAUCGCCUGGCGGAGUCAGCAACGCCAGAGACAGAACGCGAGGCUGAUGACCCAGGCCCAGCGCGAGGACGAGAGGCUCACCAACGCCUCGGUGCCGAGCUCGAUGAGACCCCAGAAGGUGCACGACCUGUCGCCCGAGGAAGAGGAGGCCAUCUACGCCGCCCGUCGGGAGGCCUACCAGGCGAGGCAGGCCGUGAAGCACGAGGAGCGCCUGGACCGGCUGCACACCCUCUACAUGAACGCGAGGCACUUCAUCACCACCAAGGAACAGUUGACCGAGGCCAUUGACCAGGCGUUCCAGACCACGAAGAGCAUCUGGGACCGACAGGGCCCGCCUGACACGGUCGAGGACAUGAUCCGGCGAGGAAGGGACAGGACCGGAGACCAGGGUCGCGGUGGUUUGAGGUUGUCGUCGGAGGUCAACGAACGGGUCAUGAAGGACCAGGAGCGCAUGCAAAAGAUUGCCGAGAAGUUGAGCGGUGGAAAGAUGUAGUUUUUGCCCGGUCAUUCACAAAGCCGAGGAAAGAGCUAGACACUUUAACAAAACUAAGCAAAGUUGAUGCGUUGGUGCUGAAUCAAUUUAGAGCGCCAUGUAUUGUACAGGUGUGACUAGGUACCUUGUAUAAGUAAAUAUUACAUGAUUUCCUUC